AUGACCCAAACGGAGACAGAAACUACCACUCAGACUGAGGGCAGCAGCUCCAUUUCCACCAUUGACACCGCCAGGCUGGUCAGGGCCUUUGGACACGAAAGGGUACAUGUGUCACCGCGCCUGUCCCAGCUUUACUGUACCAUUGAUAAGCAGAAAAAUCGCUUGGAAAAGUGGGACAAGUGGAGCAGCACAGCAACGGGUGUAGAAUAUCCUAGGGAGACUUCUGAGAGAUCGGAGAAAAGGAAAGAGAUGCAGAAUGCAGCUGCUUUUUCACCUGAUUCAGCUUCCACUAGCAGUAGUUCUUGGGGACCAAGCUCUGCUCUUAGUAACAAGAGACGAAUCCGGAUGUUAAAUAAAGGUAUCCAAGCAGGAGACUUGGAGAUUGUGAACAGUGCCACUAAAAAGAACACUCGGGACGUUGGUGUGACUUUUCCCACUCCGAGAUCUAGCCAACCAAGUACACGGCCACAGGAACCCUGCCUUUGUGUCCCUGGUAUUUUCGGAGAGUCAGCUGGUGCGGUCACAGAUCGCCAGGUACCAGGAGGCAGGAGUAAACAGAAGGGACAGACGGGCAAUCUUUUCAUGGAGAAAAAGAUGAAAAGGAGCAGGCUGCAUUUGCCACAAGGAGCUUCCUGGCUUGUCCAAGUGGAGGAUUUGCAACCCGAAUCCAAGAAAGAAAACUGUUCCAAUCCCUCCUCUGGCCCGGGUCCCUCUUGGUUUGAACCACUGACUAGCACGAAGCCUUUGCGGGAGCCUCUCCGGGAGCAGAACGGGCAGGAACAGCAGCAGAGGAGCAUGAACCAGCCGUCUCAUCCAGAAAGGGAUGCUGAGAACAGGGCCCCACAGCCCUUUGUGAAGCUGACGCUGCAGGAGGCUCUUGCACUGCGUCGCCCCGAUUUCAUCUCCCGCUCUGGAGAGCGCGUGAAGCACCUGAAGCUGGUCAUGGAGGAGAGGAAGAUGCAGAGUGUGUUGCAGUGUGAACGAGAACAGCUUUUUAAUCCUCCUGAGAAAAGAACAGGCCACAGGAAUGCAAGUCGCCUGCUCUCUGAAAGAGGCUAUCUGACCAGCCAAAAGAGAAGAACGAUUACAAAGAGUGAAAUGGUUCAAAGAUCCAAAAGGAUCUACGAGCAGCUGCCAGAAGUGCAGAAGAAGCGAGAGGAAGAGAAGAGAAAGUCAGAAUACAAAUCAUACCGGCUAAAAGCACAGCUUUACAAAACGAAAAUCACCAACCGUGUCUUGGGGAGGAAGGUACCAUGGAACUGAUAAGGAUC